AUGGAAGACGACACGAAAUCUUUAUUGGAGUACGGCAUUCCCGAUACCGCAACCGGGCUUCUAUCCAGCAUUGUCAGACCACCUAUUACCGCUCAGAGCUUUGAAUUAAAACCUCAAUUCAUACAGUUCAUCUCCAAUGACUCAUUUGUAGGCACACCUCAUGAAUGCCCUGUUAGUCACAUAGACAGUUUCUUGGAGAAGUGUGACACCAUAAAGCUCAACGGUGUUACUGAUGAUGCUAUCAGACUUUGUUUGUUCCCUUUUUCACUACGGGAUAGAGCGAAGGAAUGGUUACGAGACGAAGGUAUAGGUUCCUUUGAUACAUGGGAUAAGCUUGCCAAAGCUUUCUUAGUAAGAUUUUUAGGGCAAGAGAAGACUACAAGGUUAAGGAACGAGCUAGCUACCUUUCGUCAAUCUGAUGAUGAGUCUUUAUAUGAGGCAUGGAGAAGAUUCAAGCGCUUACAGAGACAAUGCCCUCAUCACGAUAUCCCAGAGUGGAUGUUGAUCCAAACAUUCUACAAUGGUCUGACCCAUGAGUUCCGCAUAUACAUUGAUGCUGCAUCCGGGGGUUCCCUCAUGACUAAGAACCCAACUGAAGCCAAAGAGCUAAUUGAGAAGAUGGCAGCCAAUAAUAAUUAUCAUCUAGGAGGUCGACAUAGUGUGAAGAAGGGAGGUAAAUUAGAUGUUGAUGCUCUAACUCUUUUGACUAGCUCUAUGCAGGCAUUGACAAGCAAGUUUGACAGACUCCAAGCCGGAACAUCUACUAGCUCACCGGAGACCUGUAAGAUGUGUAAUAUGCAAGGUCACAUUGCACCUAAUUGCCCCAAAAAUUCCAGUGAGAUGUCAAUUGAGGAGGCCAAUGCUUUCUACACCUCUAAUCCUAAAAGGCCGUAUGAUCCUUAUUCAAACACAUACAAUGAAGGGUGGAGAAAUCAUCCGGACUUCUCUUAUAUGAACACUCAAGCUCAAUUGAAUUCUCCGUCGCCACCACCUAGUUUUCAAGCAAGGGCAUCUUUUAAUCACCAACCCAUAAAUCAACAACUGCCACCACAAACUUCAAAAUACAAUCUUAAUUCCAUUAUGGAGACUUUCACUACUUCCCAACUUCGACAGCAAGAGCUUAUGACAAAGCAAUUUGAGCUACAAGCAAAGCAAAAUGAACACUUUGAAAGCUCGAUUCAAAUGCUUAUUGCUCAAAAUAAGAGGAUAGAAACUCACCUUUCUCAACUUUCACAACAAGUGAGUCAUUUAUCAACUCUUCAUGAUCAAGCAAAAGUCCAAAAGGAACAAUGCAAUGCAGUUUUCUUGAGAAGAGAUGAAUUAUUUUCGAGAAAAAUAGAUGAGAAAGUGUGCAGUGUGGAGUCAAGAAAAGAUAAAAAGUGUGAGGAUGUAAAAAGUCCCAAAUAUGUUGCUCCACUGGCCUAUGAGGAACCGAUGCCCUUCCCGCAAAGGUUGUCAAAAGCCGUGCUCGAUAAACAUUUUGGAAAAUAUUGCGAGACUCUUAAAAAGAAAAUUAAAGAUCGACAUGAUGAUAGGGAAGUAGUAAAUGAGAAAUUCUCUACUCUUUUACGUGAUAGCCUACCACCUAAGCUGCAUGAUCCUGGUAGUUUUACUAUUCCCUGUAUGAUAAACGAAAUAUUUUUUGACAGGGUCUUGUGUGAUUUAGGUGCUAGUGUAAAUUUAAUGCCUUAUUCAUUAUAUGAAAAAUUAGGUUUGCAAAAACUUAAACCUUCCCCUAUUUCUCUUCAAAUGGUUGAUAGGACUGCUAGACUCCCUAAAGGUGUGGUUGAGGAUGUAUUAGUUAAGGUUGGUGAACUUGUUUUUCCUGUUGAUUUUGUUGUUAUGGAUAUGAAAGAAGACCAUAAGAUCCCGAUUAUAUUUGGUCGCCCAUUCCUUGCCACAAGUCAAGCUCUAAUAGAUGUUCCUAAAAGACAAGUGACCAUUAGGGCCCAGGAUAAACAAGUAGUGUUUAAGCUCUUUAAUGAACAUAAUUUUAUAUUUGAUGGUGAUACUUGUUUAAGAAUUGAUGCUACUAACCCUUUGGCUGAUAAGUGUGUAUGUGAUAGAAAUCUUGUGAGAAACAGGACAAUAUUCCACCAAAUGAUGUGUUUAGCUACAUGA